AUGGCGCCCGGCAUGGCGGCAGCUCAGAUGGGCGCCACGUGGUCGCCGCUCCAUGCUUCAGGCUUCCACGACCUGUCACCACGGGUCCCCCAGGACAAGACCCUGGGAGAAUUCUCCGAGCUUCCUGGGAGCUAUGAGGGCAAUUACAGGCCUGCCCGGGUUGGACUUGUGCGGGUACUCGAGUCUGGCAAGAUGCGGAAUCCGCUGCAGAUGCAGCAGUCGCAGACGGACUGGGCGGCACGGCGGCCGCUGAGUGCAUCCAAAGCCAACCGAUUGUCGCGCGCGGGGCUUCCUUCGAGUCCCGGGCGGGGUGGCCAACUCAGCAGCCGGGGACUUAAGCCCCACGACCAUGCCGACAAGGUCGCAGCCAGCACUAGCACUGCUGCGGUCGGUGCCGGCGUCACUCAGCGACCACCUGGAAUGCUCCAGCCGCAGAGGAUAGAGCUGCCCGGCUACUUGAACACGCCUGCGCGGCGUCCCGACGGUGAGCCGCUGCUUCCAGAGGAGCGCACGGUGACCCUGAGAAAGAUGAAGGACUUCGAGAUGUUGACCUUUGCCUGCCGGCGAGCGUCGAAGUUGCGGGAAGAGGGCCGCGCUCACUUCUCGCUCGGCGUCCUCCGGGACAACUUGGGGCAGUACCAGAAGGCCAUCGACGCCUACACUCAGUUCCUGCGCGUUUGCAAGGAGUGUAGCGACACCCAGGGCGGAGCUCUUGGCUACCACUGCAUCGGGGUGGAUUACCAGCUGCUGGGAAUUGGUGCCCAGAAAGGUGAGGCUGCUGCAGAGGGUGAGAAUGCUGGCAAAAGCCCAGCCUCUCCUUCGCCGGCGCUGGCAUCGCUCGGGCCUCCACCUGCGCGAACCAACAUCAGGCCUGACCUUCUCCGGAAGGCCAUAUACUACCACAACAGGCAUCGUGAAAACUCGGACAGCAUUGGCAAGUUCGUCGCGCACCUGAACAUGGGGCUCGCCUAUGCGCACCUUGGAGAGCCCGAGGCUUCCACGGUGAACCAUCAGUAUGCUUUGCGCUAUGCCUUGCAGCUGCACAGCCUGGAAGGGCAGAGCUUAGCAAUCGGCAGCCUGAGCUUCAGUGCUGGGAUCUACGACUCCGACCCGGAGAAGAUGAAAGUCCUGGUUGAGCGCUAUGUGGAUCUCUGCGGCACUCUGAAGCAGACCAAGAACCAGGCCGCCGCGCUGAAGAAGCUCGGCAUCCUGGCAAGCCAACAAGGCCAAAACGAGCAGAGCAUCGACUAUUUCACCCAGGCCAUCGAAGCGGCGCGCGCGGAGGGUGACCAGGAGGCAGAAAAAGAUUGCUCGGUCCGUUUGGGCAUUGCAGCCGGUCAGGCAAAGAUGGCUGAUCACAUCAGCUCUAUCUUGCAGACGUCCAUGCUCGGGAUGGGAUGA